AUGGACAAGGAACUCCAACCCACGGACCAAGAAUACGCCCUUCACUCCAACCUACUUCACCAAUUCACCGCCAUCCCCACCGUCGACAAGGCAUGGCUCUUCAACUCCCACUCCGGCUUGGCUUCGCAGGGAAUGUUCUGCGUUAGUCAACCCAACCUUUUGGCCAACAAGAGGAAGAAGUCCAUCAUCUCCGCUUCCGUAAUCAGAGAAAACGACGGCUCCGUAUCGUUUCAGUGGCCUCCAUUUCCAAUCGAAAUGUCUGGAGUCUCCGCAAUGGUUCCGUCGCCUUCUGUCUCCAAGCUGCUAAUUGUUCGGAAUCCCGAGACUGAAGGUCCUUGCCGCUUUGAAAUUUGGAGCUCCUCUCAAUUGGAAAAGGAGUUCCAUGUCCCUCAAUCCAAGCACGGUUCUGUGUACACUGAUGGAUGGUUUGAGGGGAUCUCUUGGAAUUUGGAUGAAACUUGUAUAGCGUAUGUAGCUGAAGAGCCAGCCCCUGCAAAGCCCACAUUCAAUGAUCUGGGUGACUACAAGAAAGGUGAUUCUUCAGACAAGGAUUGUGGUACCUGGAAAGGUCAAGGAGAGUGGGAGGAGGAGUGGGGAGAGACAUAUGCAGGGAAGAGGCAGCCUGCUCUUUUUGUCAUUAACAUUACCAGUGGAGAGGUACAGGCCGUCAAAGGAAUUGACCACUCUUUGAGUGUUGGACAAGUUGUGUGGGCUCCAUCAAGUGAAGGCUCUGUGAAUUAUUUGAUUUUUGUUGGAUGGUCAUUUGAGACAAGAAAACUUGGUAUUAAAUACUGCUAUAACAGGCCGUGUGCAUUAUAUGCUGUUAAGGCACCGCAGCAUGAGUCAAAAGAUAAUAAAACUGAAACACGCUCAACUGAAGAUGUUCAGGCUGUUAACCUAACUCAAAAUAUAAGUAGUGCUUUCUUUCCGCGGUUCAGCCCAGAUGGAAAUUUUCUUGUAUUUGUAUCUGCAAGUAGUUCAGUUGAUUCUGGAGCCCAUUCUGCUACAGAUUCACUUCAUAGAAUUGAUUGGCCUAAUGAUACGAAGCUUUAUCAAUCUUGUAAAAUUCAUGAAGUGAUUCCAGUUGUGUUGUUUGCGGAGGAUGGCAACUUUCCUGGGCUUUACUGUUCAAAUAUCCUCAGUGAUCCAUGGCUUUCUGAUGGCCAGAGAUUGGUUAUAGCUUCUGUCUGGCACAGCAAACAAGUUUUACUUUCCAUCAAUGUGUUGAGUGGAGAAAUAUUGCGGAUCACCCCUGCCGACUCUAAUUUCUCUUGGAGUCUCCUUACAUUGGAUGGGGACAAUAUUCUUGCCGUUUCUAGCAGUCCAGUUGAUGUUCCUCAAAUCAAGUAUGGGACUAUUGUUAAAAGUGCAACUAAUAAUAAUGAAUGGAGUUGGUCAGAUGUCUCAAAUCCUAUAUUUAAGUGCUCAGACAAGGUUAGAUCCUUGGUCUCCUCUCAUACUUUCAGUGUAAUGAAGGUCCCAGUCAAGGAUGUUUCUGAAAGCUUAACAAAGGGUGCUAGUCAACCUUAUGAAGCUAUAUUUGUGUCAUCAAAAACUAUGAAAAGUGAUGCAUGUGAUCCACUAAUUGUAGUCCUUCAUGGGGGACCGCACUCUGUCUCAUUGUCAAGCUUUUCAAAGCCAUUGGCUUAUCUUUCUUCCGUUGGAUAUAGCUUGUUAAUUGUGAAUUACAGAGGCUCAAUUGGAUUUGGUGAGGAAGCCUUGCAAUCUCUUCCGGGAAAAGCUGGCUCUCAGGAUGUCAAUGAUGUGCUCACUGCUAUUGAUCAUGUCAUUAACCUGGGACUUGCCAGUCCUUCAAAGAUUGGAGUGCUUGGUGGCUCACAUGGUGGCUUUCUAACAACCCACUUGAUUGGCCAGGCACCUGAGAAAUUUGUUGCAGCAGCUGCUAGAAAUCCUGUGUGUAACCUUGCCCUGAUGGUUGGUACAACUGAUAUCCCUGAUUGGUGCUAUGUGGAGACAUAUGGGACCAAGGGUAGGGAUAAGUUCACUGAAGCACCUUCGGCAGAGGAUCUAACUCUAUUUUACAGCAAAUCUCCUAUUUCACACCUCUCAAAGGCAAAAACGCCAACGCUUUUUCUACUAGGUGCCAAAGAUCUCCGUGUUCCAAUUUCGACUGGAUUACAAUAUGCUCGGGCUUUAAGGGAGAAAGGAGUACCAACUAAAGUCAUCGUCUUUCCAAAUGAUGUUCAUGGAAUUGAAAGACCACAAUCCGACUUUGAAAGCUACCUUAACAUUGCGAUCUGGUUCAACAAGUAUUGCAAAUGA